AUGUCUUCCUGUAAGAACGACGUGCUUUUAGACGACGCUUUCUUUCGUCAGCUCGAGUCACAAUUUCCUGGCGGUCCUCAGUCGCCAUGGUUCGUGUAUGCGAUCUUAAUUCUCCAGGCCAACGAUCAUAUGGACCUAAUCGGAAGUACCUGGGAGUAUGUGAAGUCGGAAACGCCUGACGAAGAUGAGUUGUUGGUUAAAGCGAGGAAGAUGCGUGAAGCUUUGCUGAAAGCCAGUGUGCUGGUCGGGUUCCCAAAAGGCAUAAAUGGCUGCAUAGCGUUGCGCAAAGCUAUCCUGUCGAGCUCGCCGGACUUGGAGAAGAAGCUCGACCAAGAUCCAUCUCUCCGACAGAACUUGCAGCGAGCGGAAAAGGAUGCGAGAGGCAAAGCUUUCUUCUCCAGAAUCUAUGCUCAACACACCGAACGUGUGCUUGACAACAUGUCCAAUGCUUCUGGCGGUGACCUCUUCGAAUUCGCUAUCAACGCGGUGUAUGGCUGA